AUGCGCCCCCCCUCUCUACCCCACCUUGUUUCAGGAGCUCCAGGGGCAGCUUCGUCAGUGAGUGCCUGGAGGACUUUUCUGAUUGCUAACGAGUGGAAUGAAAUCCAGACACACAGGAAGGUGUAUCCUUCACUUCAGCUGUUUGCUGUGUUGUUGUUUUUGGAGGUGGUGGGACUGAAAAACCUCGCAUCAAGAGACCUGAAUGUCAGUCUCCAGCCAGAACAAAAUACCUACCAUGCUCCCUGGAGCCCGAUUCUUCGUUUUGGGAUUGCCGCUUCUGUUUGGCUGGUGGUGGGCAUCGUGCAGAUGCUGGUGUCGGUUGGGUUCUAUCAACGCUUUGUGGAGGACAAGAUUCAUCAAUUCAUUGACCUUUGUUCCUUGAGCAAUGUGUCGGUGUUCCUCCUGACCCACAGAUGCUACGGAUUCUACAUUCACGGGAGGAGCAUCCACGGACACGCUGAUGUGGGCUUGGACACCAUGGUCUCCUACCUCAGGAAGGAGGAGGUAACCCUGCUUCUGGUCUUUGGUCCUUCGUCAGUGCCUUGGAGGCUUGCUCUUGCUAACGAUGCCUUGCAGGGCUGGCCAUUGUCUUUGGUCCUUCUCUCCUCCUCAGGCGAGCGUGGCUGGAGGUUACCUGCAGCUUGGUCCUUAGGUUGCAGACAUGUCUUCUUCCCUCCUUGCUCCUUCUUUGGGCCUUCUGGCAAUGGGAAGGAUUCAUUUUCCAUCCAACCCCAUGGAAGCCUGGGCCUGGAGGCCUACUCUGAGGUGCAGACUUUCGAGGUGCUUCUCACUGACCGGACUCGGACGUUCUACGACAGAGUCCUCCUCUCAUCGAUGGAGAAUAAACCCAUUUGUUCCCUCCUUGUCACUGGUGCGUACCAGGGGGCAGGUCUGAACUUGGAAAGCCCACAAAUGUUUUCCUUGCAGCUUCAGAGAGGACCCCACAGUCGUCCCGAUCUUCACGAACAGAGGCUGAAAGGCUACCAUGCGCUGAACCGUUUCCUGGUCUCCUUCUUGGAACACAGGCAUACAGAUAUGGACUAUGUAGUGAAGGAUAAGUUUUUCUUGGAGAGGAUCAUGGACAUGGAGUUUCAGGAGCCGGGAGACCUCUCAGUCCUCUAUAACGAUGAUGGUCCGUUAUUCAGCCGGACGCUCUUCUACGGCCAUGAGCUACUGCUGCUUCUCUUUGAAACCCUGCUGUUCUGUGCUGUGGAUUUCGGGUCACAGAAUUUUGUGCUGUCAACAGUUGUUACCUUUGCCGUGCAGAAGCUUGUGCAAAUGGUGCGCAACACACUCGGAAGGCGAAACCUGGCAGAGAAGACUUUGGUGGAAAAGCAGUUCCUGAUCUGACAGCGAGCGCUUGGGGAGAGGGAUCCUGCUGGCCAGCCUGC